AUGGCGGAACAACAGAGGAAAAUUGAACUUCAAUCACCAGAUGAUCUUCAAUAUUUAGUGGCGAAUGUGAAGAGGGCGGCGAGGGAAAUGAUUGAUCGGGAUUUACCGCCUAUAGAGGGGGAAGAUGCUAUGAGGAGGUUGGUGGAGGAAAUUGUGGGAGAGGUGUCUUUGGGAAAAGGCAAAAGCGCUCGCGAUUCGAGAGGAGGAAUUGGUGGAGCAGAUUGCGGCGCUGAGGAGGAAUGUUCCGGGGGUGGUGGUGAAGAGGGAGAAUUCGUGGAGGAAGGUGCUUGA